GCCAUUAGCACGGAUGCAUAACGGUGCAUCUCCGCGGGAUGCGUUUCACGCGCGGCGAGGCUUGCGUGCAUUCGGAGCACGGGUCAGGCCACGAGUGCGUGCGCGCGUAGAAGUGCGUGUUCCUCGGGACCGGGUUAAGCGUGCGUGUGCCGCGCGAGGAGGGUGCAUGGCUAGUGGGGGCAGCUACACGCGUGUCUUCGGUUUUGGUUUUAGUUCCGUGGCAGUCGCCGCCGCCGACGACGACGACGACGAUCUCGAAUCGUUGCUAGUUUCCCUCGACUUGGAGUGUCGUCGCGAUCGGCGUGCCUCGACGAUCUGUUUCGUUUCUUUGGCAUUCGUUCGCGUUCCUUCGUUACGACGAUCUUCGGAUACCGCAACAGGGGACGCCAUUUCGACGCGACUGGAACCGCAAUUCCGAGGUGUGCGAUCGUUGGAAUUCCACGCCUCUUCGAACGAGUACGGCCGCGAGGCGUGUUUCGCUCGCAUUCAGCCCGAAGGACAGACUUUCGAGAGGAGAACUGUAUCGAAAUCCGAGAAAUUCGCAGGCGCAACGAGCGGAGUGCGCCGCGGCAGGCGCGCGAGAUCGAGCCACCUGAUCGAGGGAACCCAAUUUAACCGUGCGACGCGGGAAAAAGAACGAGCGAUCCAGGAAUAACAAACGCGCGCGCGGCAAAGGGAACGACACGCGCGGGAAAGAAAAACGAAGGCGAUAAAGGAGUGCUCCCAGUCGUUUUGAAGACGAGAUCAAAGUUGAAAUUGUUCGGGGGAGUGGAGAGAGAAAGAGUGCCACAAGACUGUCUAAAAACGAAGAAGACGAUCGAGAGCGGCGACAAAAAUCCCGACAAAGCGACAAGAAUUCAAAGGACGCAAACGUGGAAGGAAAGAACGAACCUGAAAAGGGACAAAGACGGAUCCGUGAGUCGCUUAGACGCGAAAAAAGUGGCGGCUCGUUUUGUUAAUCAAAAGAUUUCGCGACCCGGCUCGUUCUCGACGUGUCGCGACUAAUAACGAGCACGUGUGACCGCGACCGUCGAUAAGAAAAAAAAAAGGACGCGUGGAGGAGAGGUCGAGAGGAAGUCCAUAGAAAUCGUGCAUCGAGUUUGACCGCGGGUGGUCCUCGCAGCGACUUCCAGAGCGAUCCUUGCCGCGACAGGACCUCGUUUUAACGCGAAACUGCGGAUACUUUAGUGCAUUGAGACAUAUCGGUUACGGUUCCUCGAACUUUCAGCUACACAGACUCAUCGUUCCAAGUGUGAGCAAUGAUAAACUGAUAACGAUCAAUCGAGAAUGCGUCCCAAGUUAAUCGAGUGUGCAGCGUCGUCGAGCGCGCGUGAUUUAAAAUAUUGCAAGAGGGAUCGCUGUUGAUCCAGCUGUCUGAAGGAGACGACGGGAUCACCUCGAUCGCGCGGGAUCUUGAAUGUUCCUGCGGUAUCGAUCGGACGUGGCGGUGUUUCGCGCAUCAGCUCGAACGCCUGAUCCUCGCCUGCCGGUUCGAGAUGCGCUGCACGUCGGGACACGUGUUUCUGACAAGUUUGCUGAUACUUCUGCGAACGCGUCGGGCAAACACGACCGCGGAGGAUUCGUUGGAAUUUCAGAACAAAGGCCCGGUGAGGUUGGUGUGGGCCAGCGAGGGUGAGGACGUCGAAUUGCCAUGCGACAUCACCCCACCGACGCCUACCGACUCCGUCAACAUGGUGCUCUGGUUCAAAGACACGGUUGGAAUACCUCUCUACAGCUUGGACGCAAGGAGUGGAGACCUCUCUUCAGCGAUGCACUGGGCUGUCAGCGACGAACUGGGCAGAAAGUCGUACUUCCAGAUAGGAGACGGUCAUCGUGCGAGGCUGAAGAUUACCAAGGUCUCGGCCAAAGAUCAAGGGAUCUUCAGGUGCAGGGUGGACUUCAUCGAUUCUCCUACAAGGAAUUUUCAAGUGAAUCUCACCCUCGUCGAGGAGCCGACGAAACCUGUAAUAUACGACGCCCAGGGGCGAGAAGUGACGAGGGUGGGUGGACCCUUCCUCGAAGGCUACACUCUCGCCUUGACCUGUCAGGUGUCUGGGGGAAGACCGAAGCCUUCCGUGACUUGGUGGAAGGACGGCGAGCUCCUGGACGGCGUGGUUGACACCGCCUCUGUAGGCCCUCCCAGUAAGUUCACGGUGAACCACCUGUUCAUCGACAAAGUGACAAGGUCGUUGUGGGGCAGCAAGCUGGAGUGCAGGGCCCAAUCAGCCCCCAUGGCGGCACCAAUCGUGCGAGAAGUUCCUUUGGACAUUUACCUGAAGCCAGCGAUAGUGAAGAUCAUCCUGAGCGACGAACAGAUUUACGCGGGUCGUCCCAUCGCCGCACGCUGCGAGACAUGGGGAAGCUCUCCCGCAGCCAGGAUUGUCUGGAGUCUGGGCGGACAGACGAUAGGCGAGCCCAACGUGUCCAUCACUCAGAGGAGCAACUCUACAGUGAGCAAGCUGGCUCUGGCACUCGGCAAGGACGACGACGGGAAGGAAUUGACUUGCAGAGCCGAAAAUCCCAGGUUUCCCGGCGGAGUCCUCGAACAAACUAGGGUCCUCAACGUCGCUUACGCUCCUGUGGUCGCUGUCCAUUUAGCCACUGGGUACGUCCAGAACUCGUUGAGGGAAGGAGACGACCUGAAGCUGGUUUGCAACGUGCAGAGUAAUCCUCCUCCUACCAAGAUAAUCUGGUACCACGAUGAGAAUCGGCUGGAGCACGAUGUGGCCGGUGGGACAUUGAUUGCCUCCAAUACCUUGACGCUGAGAGUCUUGACUCUGGUUCACGCAGGCGAGUACUCGUGCGCGGCGAUCAAUCCCGUCGGGGAAGGUCGUGGACCGCCAGUGUUUAUCCGCAUGAAAUAUGCUCCAAGAUGUCGGUUGGGUCACGAACGGCGCGAGAUCACGGCGGUUCGUCGCGAAACGGUGUCGUUGCGAUGCGAGGUCGACGCGGCACCGGAAGACGCGGUGAGGUUCUUUUGGACGUACAACGGAACGCGCGGCGACGUGUUGCCGGUGCAGAACUCCAGGGCUCAGAAUAACGGGCUCGUUAGCGUUCUGGAUUAUACCCCUACCGCCGACACCGACUUCGGAACUCUCGCUUGCUGGGCAAGCAACAGCGUCGGCAGACAAAGGGCGCCCUGUAUAUUCAACGUCGUGCCGGGGAAGCCACCGCAACCUCCGUUCGACUGUUCCUUGCAGAACGAGACCAGCUCGCUGGAAGUGAAUUGUGUACCCGGGGCGGACGGUGGUUCGCCGCAGUACUUUUUGCUGGAAGUUCGAGGCACCCCGGGGCAACCUGGAGUCGUUCAGGUGAAUUCGCCCACGCUCCACGCGCCGCAGAGCGAUCAGGGAACGGUCGGCGAAGUGCCAGCCAUAUAUCAAGAGAAGAACAUGAGACCUAACUUCCAGCUGCACGACCUUGAACCUGGAUUCGAGUACACCCUGUACGUAUACGCGGUCAACGGACAGGGGAAGAGCGAGCCAGCGCUCUUGGAGCACGUCAGGGUCAUCGAGCCUAUCGGAGGGAAGCUGGAGAGGACAGGAACUGGGAUCUUCCUCGAUGACCUGAAGAAGGCCCUCCCGAAGGCCAGCUCGGAGAAUCUCAUCAUCGUGAUCGCCCUGGCAGGUACAGGUGCGGUGGCCUUGAUCCUGAUCGGUAUCGGAAUCGUCAUCGGACUGGCUGUCUGCAGGAGAAGGACCAGUUCCCCUAUCAAAGACGAGCCGGACGAUUUCACCAUCCCCAGCUACGUUUCGGCUCAAAGGGUCGAACCGAGGAUCAGAUACUCUAGCGAUAGCAGACGUUCCCAAAGAACGAGUUUGUACGUCGAGGAAAAUCGAAACGAACCAGAUCUGCUGCAGCGAGUGGAGAUAGAUCUGCCCGACUAGCAUACGUAGAGGGUUGCUUCGUUUUGUACAGCUAGAAGCAACCGAUGCACUCGUCGCUAUGUAUUAUACGUUUGUACAGUGUACACGCUUCUUGCGACGUCCUGUAAGAUAUUAACCUGGCGAAGCUGUCCAUUUUCGUAGAUGUAAGAUUACCAGGAGCUCGAUAAGCCGUAGGAAAUAACGAGGCAGUACGUUAUCCGGUGAUCGAACACUUGUUUCCACAAUUCCUGUACCUGUGCUUUACGAUUGUAUUCGUGAAAGUGUUUCUUAAACGACGAGCUUUACAUCGUUACUUAUUAUCGCGCCAUGGACUACUCUACGCUGUAAUUUACGUGCCAUUUGAACCAUAAGCGAGCAACGGGCAAAGUAUUAACGUCGCCUGUGUCUUUAUCGCAAUCGACGCCUCGAAAGCUUGUCAAUUUCCGUAGAUGUAACGAUAUUUGUAGACGAACGUGAACAAUGUACAGAUAUUUUUACAGUCACCUCUCCGUAAAAGUAAGAUUCAAUUUCUGCGUUCAACUAUGCUUUCCAAUCGCGUUCUCGAACAACACGCGUCGAACGCGGUAUGCUAAGUGCGCGAACAAGCGAUCCAUCAGUUCAGAAUAGAUCGAUUUCUCACGCUUUUCCACGCAGUAUUUCCUCGCUGGAAUUUGUAGAAAAUGCGUUGACGAAUAUAUACGAUAUCUUUACUCGCAACCACGGUUGCGAAAAUUAUUUUAAGCCUGCGUUCAUUCCUACGACUUGUUACAUGUUGUUUUCAAUAAAGCUACGUGAAACAACACGUGAAACGGCAGGAAAGUUUGUUCGCGCACUUAAUAGAUAUCGUAAGAUUCUCUAGAAACCAAAACGCUUAUCGAAUAAUGUACAUAGUGUAGGAAAA